UAGCUUCGUCAUUUUCGUUUUCUUGGAAAAACCCCCUGCAAUUCAUUGUUCUUACAGCUCUUUUCCUAUUCCAAGGGCAGCAGCAGCACCCAUUCUACGCAAAAGAAAAUACCUCCCAGCAAUAUGUCAUCGUCCGACGCAACUACUUCUCUACUUCCGUCAUCCGCACCAUCUAGUGCCACGGAGAUGAGCACGAGAGGUGGUCUGUUCCAACUUGCCCGGGUCGCGCCCAAGCCGGAGCUGGGCCCUCUUUCGGAGUACGACUUACUACUGGAUGAGGAGGAAUUACAAGAGAAGUGUUUCGUUACCAAAGAGCAGAAAGAACAACGCAGCGACGUGUUCGAGUUUCGCAUGCAAAAGGCGGAAGAAAUUUUCUCGGGGAUAAUGCAGCAAUUGAAGCAAAGGGAUGGUACUGGUGAGAGUGGUCACUCGUCCUCCGUCGAAAAGGCACGUGCCGAGGCAACUGCGGGCUCCUGCACCACCACGAGAAAGAACUAUACCAAAUCCGUUCACAAUGGUCUCAUUACGGCGUGCUACCAAGCACUGUACCAGGUCGAUUACAGCUUCGGUCAGCGGGCACAGUUUCAGGCUCAGCACCUAGCGGAGGUGCACGCCGCACAACAAGCCUGCCUCGGCGCGCUCGCUAGACUGCAUCACGAAGCUGCGACACAAAAUUUUGACGAGGAAAUGGCGGACAUCAACACAGGAAACUUUAUUCAUAGUGCAGCUUGCGACAAAUUCGAGGAAAUGGCGGAAGCCCAAGCGAAGCGAGCGCUGCAGCUCCGUGCAGGAAUCGGUAUCUUUACAUACUCGACUUGUUUUUGGUUCCAAACCUCCUCCAACGUUGCCACUCUAUCAUCAGAAGAAAAAGUACGGAAAAUGUCGUUAUUUCGAAAGUUUCUUUUAUCGAUACAAGAUGGGGGUCGGCCGUUUGGCCGACCCUAUCUUGAUGGACAGUGGGCAGCUAGAAAAAACGGCCCCAAGAAGAGGGCGACUUGACUUCGAAACAUAAACCCCAGCGGCCAUAUGCCCCCGAGGCCCCGCCAGGGCUUGUCCCCGAGGACAGCGCGAGCGGCUUUGCGAGCGCAGGCAAGCCCCGAGGCUUUCCCAAGGCCUUUGCUCCGCCUCCCCAAGGCCUAUGCCAGACUGCCUCCCUCGCGCAAUGCUUUCGAUUUCUUUGCAUCGGCUAGCAGGCUCGGCCCACCAGGAUAUGGCGUUCGUAGGCCCUGCAAAGGCUCUGCGCCGCCUCGGCCACAAUGUGCGUGGCAGCCGCCUCAUUGGCCAGGCAGGAAGGAUCUGGCCGCGGCUAGCAGGCUUCCAUCCUUCGCCGAAAUAAAUCUAGCUGCGCCGCACAACCCCGGCCGCGAUCAGUGAGCUGGGUGGCUGGCAUCAGCUAGCCCGAUCGCAGGCUGAGUGGCCUCGCCACCCAGAAUCUUGCGCCGGCCGGCCUGCCGCCUCUGGCGCCCCCGGGCACCGUCCAGCACCGCUAGGGCCUGGCGCCGGCCGUUUGGCAGGCUUGUCCAGGGCCUGGCGCCAUCUGGCUCGGAUGCCCAUAAAUGAACUUCUACCGGGAACCAGCUGCCUUGCUGGGUCUCCGUCCCUUGUCAAGGCCCGGCGCCGGCCUUCCUUGGAGCGCCCAAUCUGGCACCGCCCCGGCAUGAAUCCGGCGCGCGCGCGCGCCCUUCCGCUAGGACGCCUGUUGGGCGGGCCGGGCAUACCACAACAAACGGGCAUUGGCGCCGAAAGCCCACCAAGGCCCGGGCUGCCGGCCCGCCCCUCGCUCAAGCAGGCGCGCACGCAAACAACGAACUGCAGCCGCGGCCCCGAGCGAGGGCCAGGCCGGUGGGCCCGCGCAGGCAGUCAACAAACGCAAACAAAGAGAAGCGCGCCGCAUGUUGCGGCAGGGCCGAGGCGUCCUGGACAGAGAACCGAGGCGGGCCCGCCCCUAUUACACCGGCCGCAAGCCGUCGCGCCGGCCCCCGGCCGGCAUCCAUCUUGUUUGGAGGCAGUCUGCCAGCCAGGCGAAACAGAGGCGGCCUCGCCGAUGGGUGCCUGCCAAAAACUUAAGCGGCCCAUGGGAACUCGCACAGCGAGAAUCUGCGUCACUUGCGCUGGCUCAACUCCGGCCGCGGCCACCUAUAUUAAUUCCAGCGUCCUGGGCCCUUCUGGUGUGGCUCAGAGCGCUGGGAAUGCAGGCGGUUGGCCUGGCCAUGGACGCUCAAACCCCCUCGCAGCGCGAGCAUCUGCGCCACCUUCUUGCUCCCAAGCCGGCCCGGGCGGCCGCCUACCUUCCGGCACCCGGGACAGAACUCUUCUGGCGUUGGAAUGCUCGCGGCCGGUUGGGCCACGGGAACAUCUGCGCCCAAGCGCGCCUUGCGCUCAAAUGUGGUCCGUCGGCUACCUUCCAGCGCUUUGGGCCCUUUUGGUCUGGCUCAGGGCGUUGGAAUUUAAAGAGCUGGCUCGGCCGCGGAAGCUCGCAGGCGAGCCGAGGCACAGAAAACAUGUGGGCCACCUUUGCCCAAAUCCCGCCGUCUAUGCUCCAGCGCGCUCGUUAGCUGGACUCCUCUGGCGCGGCUCAGAGCGCUGGAAUGUAGGCGGCUGGUUUGGCCACGGAAACUCGCACAGCGCACAUCUUCGCCAAUUUUGCUCAAGUGAAUGGGCCCAGGCGGCCACACUCCAGCGCCGCUCGCUGACCCUUCGCUCUGGUGGGUGUGGCUCACGCAAAGCGAACAUCUGCGCCACUUUUGCUCAAGUGACCGGGCCCGGCCGCCUACACUCCAGCGCCCUUGACACAUCUGGCGUGGCUCAAAGCGGGCGCGGGAAUGUAGGCGCCUGGGCUGGCCACGGGCAACUGCAGAGUGAGCGAACACGCGCGCCACCUGCGCUCAAAUCCAGCCGCCUACGUACAUUGCAACACCCUGCGCCCUUCUGGCGUGGCUCGGUGCGCUGGAAUGAAUGCAGGCGGCUGGCUUGGCAGGCCACAGACACUCGCAGAGCGAGCAUCCGCGUCACCUGCGCUGAAAUCCAGCCGCCUGCAUUCUAGCGCCCUGGGCCCUUCUGGUGGGGCCCAGGGCGCUGGGGUGUAGGCGGCUGGUGUGACCACGGAAACACGCAAAAGGAACAUCGACGCAACUUGCGCGGAAGUCCAGCCGCCUACAUUUCCAGCGCCCUGGACUCUUCUGAUCCGGUUCAGAGUUGGCGCCGGAAUCUAGGCGAUUGGCCCGGCCUUGGAAGCCAACUCGCGAGGCGAACAGCUGCGCAGCUUCUGCUCAAAUCCAGCCGCCCGCCUGCAAGGAAGCGCGCUGGGCCCUGCUGCUGAGGCCAAGGGCGCUGGAAUAUAGGCGUUUGAUUUGAUCACGGAAGCCCGCACGGCGAACAGCCGCGCAAGUUGCGCCCAAUUCCAGCCCGCCGCCUACGCGAAGGCGCUCUGGGCCUUUCAUUCUGGCGUGGCCCAGGGCGUUCGUUGGUUGGAAUGUGGGCGGCGGUCUUGGGCACGGAAACUCACACGGAGAGCACCUGCGCCGCUUGCGCCCAAAGCCAGUCGCCCGAAUUCCAGCGCCCUGGGCCCUUCUGCUGUGGUUCAGAGUGAGCGCUGGAGCCCACCUAGGUGGCGGGCUUGGCCCCGGACACUCGCAAGGCGAACAUCCGCGCUACCCGCGCGCAAAGCCAGGGUCCAGGGUGUUGGAAUGUAGGCGGCUGGCUUGGGCAAGGAAGCUCGCAAAGUGCGCGAACAUCUGCGCAACUUGCGCUCAAAUCCCUCCGGCCCGCUUUGUUCCAGCGCCCUUGAAUGAUCCUUCUGGCGAGGCCAAGGGCGCUGGAGUGUAGGCGGCUGACUUGGCGGCCUUGGAAACUCGCAAAACAAACAGCCGCGCAGCUUGCGAACGCGCAAAUGAAUCCGGCCGCCUACAUUCCAGCGCCCGCCCUGGACACUUCUGGCGUGGCUCAGAGCGCUGGAAUGUAGGCGGCUGCUGCGGCUCAAAGCGCUGGCUUGUAUGUAGGUGGCGGGGUUGGCCACGGGAACGCGCGCAGCGAACAUCUGCACCGCUUGCGCUCAAAUCCAAUCGCACACAUUCCAGCGCCCACCCUGGGCCUUUGUGGCGACGCUCUUCGCGGUCGCUAGUAGUAGUUGAGCCGACUGGCAACUGCGGGGCGCCCUCCCCUCCGGUUGCGUGGUGACUCAAGCGCGCCGGAGGAGCAGGAGGCCGAGCCGGCCGCAAAGCUAGCGGGCGAAGGAAGCAAGAUGGUGGCGGUCGCGAAGCCGAAGGCGGUGCCGAGGCCGAGGCCGAGGCCGAAGAGCAAAGCAAGCCGCGGGCGGCCCCAAAGAAAGGCGAAAGCCGCCCCGAAGGCCAAGGCGUCGGGCAAGCAAGGGGAGGGGCAAAGGCAAGAAGAAGCAAGCGCGCUGGCUGCGUAGCGCGACGGAAAGAACCGAAGCGGCCCCGCCCGCCUUGAAACUAAAGCGGCUCCGCCCGCCUUUGGAAGAAUACUUACAGACGAAAGAAAAGCGGCGCCGCCCGCGCCAAAAACUAAACGAAAGAAACCACGGCGGCGCCGCCCGCAUUUGAGACUGCAGCGGCCCCGCCCGCACUUGGCCGAACAACCCGCCGAAGGGCGUGGCGCCGUGGGUGAUUCGGGUCUUGGUUGCCGUUGUUUCGGCCCCACGCAAGUGCGAGACCCGCAGCGCCAUCGUAAAGAAAGACGAACGAAGACCCCACGCGCAUUGCAAACCAACCUUCUUGGCGUCGCUCGACGGCGUCCGCCCGAGGGCCCCCGAAGACCCCCCGAAGACCCCCCGAAGGCCCCCGGAGACCCCCCGAAGGCCCCCCGAAGACCCCCCGAAGGCCCCCCGAAGGCCCUUGGUCGGAGGCCCCCCGAUGGCCCCUUGAAGGCCCCCCGAAGGCCCCCCGAAGGGGUGCCUCGAGAAAAACAGAAAUUUACUACGCCGAAGGCCCCCCGAAGGGGGUUCAAUGAGCCCCCGAAGGGGGGGGUCAACGGAGCCCCUUUGGGGGGCCUUCGAGGGGCCUUCGGGGGGCCUCGAAAAACGAAGGGGUACCCAAGGGGGGUCAAUGAACCCCCUUCGGGGGGUCGAAGACCCCUCAACGACCCCUCAAUGACCUUAAUCAUCAUUAAUAGUAGUUAAUUUUUGAAAACCCUUACUUUCUAUUUCGAUCUUGUUUGUCAGAUUUGAAAUCGUCCUCUUCGUCUUCGACUGGAUCAGCGGCUUGUUCUGAAGUAGUACCGUUCCCCCCCGACGCCACAGACUUGCUGUUUGCUACGAUUCUCUUCCGAAGGGGAAAGAGUGAGGAGGCGGCAGACGUUUUGAAAAGCAUCCUCGAGGAGUGCAACAGGAAGCUGGUGACGAUUAAAACAACGACACCUAGUACCGACGUGGAGCUCCGGGAACAAGCAGCCCAUCUUACGCCUUCCCAAGAAACAGGAUCUCGUCUUUCGAACAGCAAAGAUGCGGGUGAAGUAGACAACUACAGCCGUAGUGAGUGUCAAAAGAUCAGGCAAAGUGCUCGGGAUUUGUACGAGCAGGUGCGCGUUGAGGUGCUGCGGCAGCGAAAAAAGGCCAAGAAAAUUUGGAGCGGUGCGUUUCUCGGUGCAGCUGGAAAGACAGAGCUAGACCGGCUCAGCGAACAGAAGAGCACCUCCUCCCUUAACAAAGGCGGUUUUACAACAAGCCUGAGAGACACGGCCUCCUCCGUCGCAACGGCCUCCACCGUCGAUGAGAACUCUUCGGCGACAUCAAGUCUGCCCGCUUCCAACUCCGCAACCAGCUCCGGCGCUAGCAGUUCGGGAUCCGGGUCCUCCUCCUCGGCUAGCGGAGAAGAGGACAUGAUCGAAUUGGCGCACGUCGGGCCAGCAACGAAAGAAUCUUCUGGCGCUGGUGCUUCACGAAACAAAGUGUUGAAAGUAGAUGACAAAAAAAAAGCAACGACAAGAAAUGGCACUAGCUCAGAAGAUACAAACAUCUCUACUUCAACUUCUACUUCGAAGAGCUACAACUUUUCCUUCCCCUCCUCGCUGCAGCGGGCCUGGAACGUUGUAAACCCACUGCAAAACGCCACUGCAGAAGAGGAAGACGCAUACUUCCUCGAUAAGAUUCGCGGAAAGGUUCCGGAAGUUUCCCUGUGGUCAGGGUUCCUAGAAGACAUCGCCGCAAUUUUCUCAGAAAUUUGCAACCGCCGACAAAAGCCUGAAUGAAAAUGCACAUAUUAUUGUGGACCAGGAGUUUGGUUGAAGUAGAAGUACUUGAGCCUAACAAGAAUAAGAACGUCAUCCUUGUUUCAUCAAGAAAACGCAAAUGCACAAGCUACAACGAACUCUAUAGUCAUUCGUGCUGAAGCAAGCUACCACUCAAUGCUCUCUAUUUCGGAUGCAAAUCCAUCGCCCUGCGGUGUUGUGUACUUAACCACCCUCCAAGGCCCGUAGUUGCAGAGCCAAAGAUAAAGAUCUGGAUUUUCUACACGACAUUUUGUUUCGUUUGUGUAGGUUGAAUGUUGUGACAUUUCCCAAGAU